UUAUGGCGGACGAACGGCAACUGCGUCCUCUCAGUCGGCCGCUGAACUCCGCGCGGUAUUUUCUCGGGUGCACAACAUUCGCUUUCUUUUGUGUCGUGUAACAACUUUUUUUUUGUUCUCAACAAUUUUUCACGUUCGUGACUACUCGUCUUUGUUUUUGCACAAUAAAAUAUUUUUUUUCUCAAUAUAUUUGAAUUCAUAACUUUAAUUAACAUUAAUAUUUAAUUAAUAGAACAUAUUAAUAAAAUGUGUGUGAUUCACAUAAAAGUUAAUUAUUAAAUUGACAUUUUAAAUUUGUAAAUUUGUUUACUACAUAUUUGGGAUUUUUCAUUAUCUGGCUCUACAUAUCUCUUAUUGGAUAAUCACAACAACUUGGAGUGAACUUGCUGGUAAUAUUGGAGUUUUGAGUGACGCCUUGAAAACGUCUUGAAAAUCGUCUGUAUGAUUUCCUUAAAUAUCUUGGCGAGUUUGUGUCAGCUGUCGCUAGAGUCCAUCAUCGACAAUAAUUGUCACCUGUCAACAAGUACUAACAAAUACUCACUGCCCCCUAAACAGCAAUCGACUGCCCGAUAGUAAAUAUAUAUAAAAAAAAAAAAAUAAUAAAAUGUUACGUGAUUGGAAAUCCGAGGAACCGAGAGAGCGCGAAAGAAUAAAGCAAAUAGUAUUUAAAAAGCGAUGAAAUCAAAUAGGUGUAAAUUAUUUGGAUUGUUUAGUAAAAAAAAAAGAAGAAAAGUAAAAAAUUUCUGGUGAAACUAGAGGUAUUUUAAACGAAAAGUUUGGUGGAACGAAAGAUGUUGGGUGUGAGUCAACCAACCAAUCCACCAUCAAGUUUAAGACACUCUGCAAGUUUUUCGUGUCUUCAACGAACUUCCGGUGACGGAGCUCAUCGUGCCAGGACGUCAACUCUUCCUCAGCAGCCAAGUCUUCAGUUAACGACUGUCCAACAUCAUUAUGGUGGCCCGAGUUCACUUCAACCCUCAACGUCCUCAUCAUCAUCAUCUUACUCACGACGUUUAGAAAUUGACUGUCUACCAGAAAGUAACGAUUACGGUUUCAUUCAUAAUACAAGACCACGAUUAAGAAGCACGAAUUCAACAGUAUUACGUGAAGAACAAGAACGUCACUGCCAGAAGCAACAGCAGCAGCAGCAGCAACCGCAACAGCAACAUCAAUUAUUUACUCGUGAUUCUGUAUCCAUUUAUGACGAGUCUGCUAAGAUCAAAGACCGGGAACUUUCAGAAGCAUCAAAGUCACGUGAUAUUGUCACAAAGAAUCAAAAUCCACUGAGAGGAGCAUUAAUUCUUUUUACUACUUCGACAUCAUCUUGGUGGAAAGCUAAACAACGUGAAGAACUUUCAACCACUUCCCUUGUAACUCCAUCCUCGUCGUGUGUAACCGAAGGAAGGAAGUGGUCAAACGAAGGAGCAGCUAUGACACCUCCAUCCACUUUGUCUGAGAGAAAGUGGCUCGGUCCACCUGGUUCAAUUCCUACCAAUGAACGCAAGUGGUCGUGUAAUUCUAUUGUCGCCUCACCAGGUAAUGAAAGGAAAUGGACAACUGCCUCUAUAUCGCCAACCUCCAACAGUCAGGAUCGAAAGUGGCGAUCACUUGGAGCACUUCUCAGGACUCCAGUUACAAACUCAACCAGCUCACACGUUAGUCAAAACUCGUUUGGCCAGAACAUGAGUGCUUCCAUGAUUGAAAAUGGCGCGAGUGAUAGUUUCAGAGAGUGCUCAACUGUUGGACCUACGGUUAAAACACUGAGGUAUCCUCAGCCUACCUCUUAUUCAGCACGAGUAUCAAAAACGACCCGGGACACUUAUCGUGACAGCAGUGAUUACUCUCAGGCAAGAUCAACAAAGGUCAGUCGAAGACUAUAUCAAGAUUCAAUUGAAGCAACUGAGAGUGCGGGUGAAGAGCAAAGGCGUAAAACGAGAUAUUCAUCUGAAGAUGAAUGUCGAAAUAAAUCCACUCGUGAUAUAUCUAAGUGUGAAAGAACACAAACAAUUGAAGCACGAGCAACGUCUACACGCUCUGGACGUGCUCAAAGUUUUUAUUUACUUGAUGACUUUUUAAAACCACAUCCCCAGUCAUCAAAAUGCUCAUUUAACCUUCAUUUACCCUCACAUUAUUCAUCGAGAGUUAGUACUGAACGUAGCACUAAGUCCAGUGAUAAUAAACAAGGAAUUACUAACGGCACAAGAAACUUUACUAAUAUUACACCACCAAGACGACAUAACUCUAGUUCAGACAGUCUCGAAGUAGCUACGAGCCCUCUUCCACCUCCGGUUCCACCACCGCCACCCCCAGAGGUCAAUACCAUAAAGGAAAAAGAUAAACUGGAUAAUGGCAAAGAACGUGAAGCUUGUCCUUGCAGAAUGUGUUGGGCUAAUUUGCAGCAAAAGUCUUUUCAUGAUGAGGUGAGUAGGAGAUCGAAAGAACGUGCGUCUAUCCACCAAGAUAAAGGGAGGAGUCCUGGAACGCUCCAUAAGGAUGUCGGGGCUGGCGGAACUAAAGUUAGCGGCAAACCCGUCAGUGGAGUGGGUUCUGCAACCCUUACAGCACUAUCAUCCAUCAACACGACCAAUGGCAAUCGGACUAAAAAUAAUGCCAUCGGACACGAGAAACUACCGUCACUCAGCAAUAGCAAAACAUCGCGGGACACGACUGACAACAACAAUGGAAACCACUCCGCCUCUAACAAUAACCACAACAAUGUACCCCUGCAUGAUCCACUCAACACAAGUGUCCACGUUGAUGCUUAUGGACGUAGAUUACCCAUGACACCACAAGAAGCAGCCAAAUAUUAUGGCUCACGACUGACUGAGUACGAGCGUACUGAAAUUGAAAAAUAUUCGGAGAUUUGGUAUUUAGGAUUGUCGGCGUGUAAAAUUCAUGGUGAAGAGGGUGCAGAAAAUAGUGGAUAUGACGAUGAUACGGGAAGUUACCAUAAAAUUCCGCACGAUCAUAUAUCUUACAGAUAUGAAAUAUUGGAAGUAAUAGGGAAAGGAAGCUUUGGGCAAGUUAUUCGAGCGUUAGAUCAUAAAACCGGACAGCAUAUCGCCAUCAAGAUAAUCAGAAAUAAAAAGAGAUUCCAUCAUCAAGCUCUUAUUGAGGUGAGGAUCUUAGAUCAUCUGAGGAAGAAAGAUCUUGACGCGGAUUCGCAACACAAUGUGAUACACAUGCUGGAGUACUUUUACUUCAGAAACCAUUUGUGCAUUAGUUUCGAACUCAUGAGCUUGAAUCUUUACGAGUUGAUCAAGAAGAACAACUAUCAGGGAUUCAGUCUGAGCUUAAUUCGUCGUUUCGCCAAUUCACUCAUAAACUGUCUGAGAUUGUUGCACCGUGAGAACAUUAUCCACUGCGAUUUAAAACCAGAAAACGUUCUCUUGAAACAACGUGGCAGCAGCUCAAUAAAAGUAAUAGACUUUGGUUCAUCUUGCUACAGUCAUCAGCGUGUUUACACGUACAUCCAAUCAAGAUUUUAUCGAAGUCCUGAAGUGAUUCUUGGAUUACCAUACGGUACUCCAAUAGACAUGUGGAGUCUGGGCUGUAUUCUUGCUGAAUUACACACCGGAUAUCCCCUUUUUCCUGGGGAGAAUGAAAUCGAGCAGCUCGCAUGUAUCAUGGAAGUCUUGGGACCGCCGCCAGAAUCGUUAAUCUCUCAUGCCACUCGUCGUAGACUAUUUUUCGAUUCCAAGGGCAAUCCGAGGUGUAUAGUCAACAGCAAAGGAAGAAAAAGAAGACCUGGCAAUAAGAAUGUUGCAAUAGCGCUUAGAUCAAAUGAUCCACUUUUCAUUGAUUUUGUCAGCAGAUGCCUCGAAUGGGAUCCAAAGGAACGAAUGACUCCAGAUGAAGCGAUGCGUCACAAGUGGCUCAAUACUUCCUCGUCUUCGCACUUGAGUACGUCAUCGUCGAUGGGUUCGUCGGUUGUGAGUUCAAUGAUUAAUUCGACAAUAGAGCCAAAUCAAACAAGCCACAGUCAAUCAGUCUCAGUUAGUGCACCUCGACAACGUGCAAUAACGCUAGAGGAUGAACAGCAGCAGUAUAGUUUGUAUAGACUCUAUAGAGGUAGAAAGUGUGUAUCGAAGAUUACGGCUAUUGAUAGUACCGACAAUAAUACACUUGCAGUUAAAAGUAAACUAAACGGUAGUGCAAGUAGUCAUGCUUUAGCAAGUGGAACUCAGCCUGCUGCCUCAAGACACGCAUCAACCGGAGAUAUUGUCGCAAGUCUUGAUCCCAAUCUUGAUGAUUCUGGAACUUAUUUACCUGCAAUACUAUGAAGCCGCGUGUGCGCCAGUCACUUCUGAAUUAUUAUUUUUUGCUUCAGGAUGUUUACUAGCGCACGUUUUUUUUUUUUUUUUUGUAAUCAAUUGUCCUUGGCAAUAAACGGAACCGAGUUUAAACUUCUUGCUGUUUGGGACCGCAUCAUCCAUUUCAUUAUCUCCUUACUGUGAGUUCCGACAAUAAAUACUUACCAUCAUAAAAAAAAAGUAAACCUUGGGCCGGUUAACGAAGACAACAACGAUAUUUAUAUAUUUUUUUUUUCUUUUUUUUUGUUAUGAAAAAAAAAAAAAGAUAAAAACGCAACGAGAAUAAUUCCGGCCUGCAAUGAUGAUAAGAAGUUGAAAGAAAAAAAAAACUAUAAAGAAUAAAAGAACGAACGAAAUAAGCAGAAUACGAGAUUGUGAAGAACUUAACUGGCUCGACAAUUUUUCCCAUCAACUGAGAUCGAGGUGUAAUUACUGUUGUUAGUCACGCAGCUUGCAGUGAGAGUUAAGAGGCUAAAGUAGAUCCAGGUAACAGCCUCACGUGUCGAAAAAAAUAAUAAAAAAUAUAUUGCGAAGAAGGCGAGUGAGUGGAAGGGAAAAAAAUGACAAGUGUCUACAUGCAUGUUUAAUUAUGAUGGCAACAACAAAAAAUCUAUCACUCUGAUUGUCAAUUUUUUUUUUUAUCAUUUUUCAUCUUUUUUUUUUUAAUUCUGAGUGAACAAAAACCAUGACAAAAUAAUAAUCCAGAUUUUAUUUGAUUGUAUUAAGACUGCUGAGUGGACAACACGAAUGAUUUUAACGUCAUUUAAUCUUCCAAAUAGUCGAAAAAAAAAUUUUGCGAUCUCGCGAUAGAUUUGCAUACUCGCACAUCUUCAUGGGGAUAUAUAUCUAUAUAUAUAUAGAUAUAGAUUAAUAAAGGCCCUAGUAAUUUUAUCAUAACAGGGAAAAGUAAAUUGUAUCUUAUAGUAGAAUGAAAGUUUAUAAAUGUAUCAAAACAUGAUGAAUUGAGACAAAUCUCAGAAGGCGAAUGAUGAUGAGCAAAUGAUUGUGCCCAAGUUUCACGAGGCCUGAGUAGUCUUAUUGUGAUAUUAAUCUACCACUGUCUUACUUAGAUCUCCGAUAAGAAUUAACCUUUAAUAAUAAUUUUUCUUUAAUUACUAACUAUUAUUAUUAUUAUUAUAUUAUAUUAAUUUAGUUUUUUUUUUUUUUUUUUUUUUUUCGUACUGUCGUCAUCGCUAUCACUAUUUGCGAAUGCAAUAUUCACAGUUAUUAAAAAUCAAUAACUGUAUCAUUAAAAAAAAAAAAAAAAAAAAAAUAGUAAACAAAAGAAAAGUAAUUAUCAUAUAAUUAUAAUAACAAAGUAUAUUAUUUUAAUUGAGCUAAGCAUGCGCUCAUAUACUUUAUUUAGUAAACGAAUAUAUUAUAUAUAUAUAAUUAUUUGUUAAUUAUAUUAUCAUUUUUUUUUUUUUCAAUUGUAAUGCCAUUUUAUAAAUUUUUUUUAUAUAAGCUCAGGAAUGAUUUAUAAAUUAUUAAUGCAAUCACGACCACUGCCUAAGUAACAUUCGAUUUAUAUAAAACAAAAAAAAAUUAAUUUUUUUAGUAAUUAAAGUAAUCUCAUUAUUUAAAUAAUUUUUCAUUAAUUGAAAUUGUCAAUAAAUAUGGGAAGACAUCAGUUGCCUACAUUGCUUUGGCCGAAUUCAUCAAAUGUCUUCAAUAUUUUUUCGUAAAUUAUGAACGCUUACUGUCCAAUUUCUUACUGCUCAGUUGUCUAUUAAAAUUUAUUUUCUGCGGUUCUAUUGCCUGCAUAAAUUUAAAAUAUAUCAUUUUAUACACAGUAUUUAUAAUUUCUAAUAGAAAACUCUGAACUUUUCAGCUGCUAUUGUGAAGACUAUAGUGGUACUGAUAUUUUUCAGAUCAGCUGUGUUUUUUUUUCUCAAGUGAUCGGUCUUGAACGUCGAUCAUUUCUCCUCAACCAGUACUUGAUUUUCUCAGCAAAUAAAUGAAAAGCUUCUCUACAGUAAUUAGGGAUUUCUUUGAUUUGGACACACAGUUAAAUAUUAAUCCAUUGAACAUCAUGAAAUAUUCUUAAGUUGGUAAUAGAAUAGUGCAAUAGUUUUUGUAUGCAAUUAAAUAAUAUAUUUUAUAUUUAUGUAGGCAAUAGAACCGUAGAAAAUAAAUUUUAGUAGGCAACUGAGUAGCAAGAAAUUGAAUAGUAAGCAUUUUAAUGUACGGAUGAAUAUUGUAGGCAUUCGAUUCAUUCAGCAAAAACAAUGUCGGCAACUGAUGCUUUCCCAUACAUAAGUAUUACGUCCGGAUAAAAAAUAAUUGUAAAUUAUUAGCAUGCUACUUGUGUUUAAUGUUUACUUGUUUAAAUUAUGUCUCGUUUAUGAUUCGGUUACAACUUUUUUUUAUUGUCAUUGUCAUAAUUAAUGUCCUUGUAAUUAAUUAUUAUUUUUUAAAAAUAAUGUCGUCCAUUCAGAAUGUAGAGUCUAGAAAAAAAAGGUGUGAAGACUGAAAUACUGUUGUCUGAAAAUUUAUAUAUUUCUUUUCGUAUUCGCUUAAUUCAUGUCAUAUUUUUAAAAUAAUUGAAUACUUUUUUAAAAAAAAAAGUAUGAAUGAAAUUUAAAAAAAGUCUACAGCAGCUCAACAAAAAAAAUAUUUAUUAUUUCUGUGUUAAUUUGUUACUUAAAAAAAAAAAAUGUUUUUUUUUUGUCAAGUAAAAUCCUGUAACUUAAUAUCCGUAAGAUAAAAAAAAUGACAUUUAAAUAAAUAAUUAAAUGACGAUUUAAAAAUAAAAAUGUCAAUUGUGACGACGAGACAAGUGAAUUUUAUAAAUUGUAGAUCGAGUGACUGAUCUAUUUGUAAUGACUGAAAUAAUAAAAUAAAUAUUAUAGUUUAAAUUUAAUUUUCAAAUAAUAAUUAAUGUUGCUGACAUGUGUCGAGCGAUUGAUUGACAUCGAGCUAAAUUAAUAAUACGAAACAACAACAAAAAUAUAAAUAAAUAAUUAUGUCUUUUUUUCCCUAUGGAAUCAUCUCGUUCUAGUUGUUAUUAUUAUUAUUAUUAUUAUUAUUAUUAUUAUUAUUAUUAUUAUUAUUAUAUAAUUAAUUAUCAUUACUAUAUCUAUAGUAAACUUGUAUUUUAUUGAUAAGCAUUAAAAUUUUAAGAGACGUGUUUCUAAAAAACGAAAUAUUAAAAAAAUAAAAAAAGUUGUGUAUAAAAUAUCAAAAAAUGUAAUGACUUCAAUAUGCAGAUUGACAAAAAAAAAUACGGAAUGAAAAAAUAAACAAUGAAUUAGGCAAUUAUUAUAAAUGUAGAUUUAAAACAAAAAAUGAAUAAAAAUAAAAAAAAACUUUUUUUUUUAAUAAUAAGGAAUUAAAUCAAUAAGCGGAAUCCUAAAUAAAGGAGACGAUACUCUCGUAUAUGUACAGUCACGUGCUUAGGUGUUCAAUUAUAUACAGCGGGAACAAAGUAUGUGUAUAAAAAAAAAAAUGAUAAAUUAGUGGUAUCUUCUUUAACAUACUUACUAUCAUUACUCAAUACCAAUCCAACCUUUACGUACGCCUAUUCUAAUUAAAACUUAACGAAAGAAUGAUAUUAAAAUAAUUGUGUGAAUUUUUUAAAAAUAAAUCUCUGUAAUGUGUGCAAUACAUCUACGGAUUUAUGGAUAAUAAAUAAUUAAAUAAAUGGAAGAAAGUUUAAAAUAAAUUAAGAAACAGCCCGCGUAAAAAAAAAAAUGCGUUACGAAAAGAUUCCAAAAAAGUUCGACGUAGAACUUCUAGACUUGAACAGAUUAGAAUUUUGAGCGGAACUUUUUUUGAACUUUUGGAAUUCAUAUAGUAAAACAAAAAUGUAUCUAUGAUUUUAUAUGAAUAAAUUUUGAAAACUUUGAACUUUUUAUAAACGUUUUUUGAUUCUCAUGGAGCCAUUGGUUUUCAAUGGAAACUUUCUCAGAACGAGGGUAAAAUGUAGUAAAAAUGUUCUUUUUUGACUCAGAAUUUGCUGAUAAAAUCUUAGGUAAACUUUUUUUUGUUACUGUCAAAAUUACAAAAACUUAAAAAAAAAUUUGACUCGAAGUUCUGAUCUGUCUCAAGUUUAGAAGUUCAACAUCUAGAAUUUUUUGGAAUGAUUUAUUUUUUACACGGGAGAAGACAAGAAUUUUUUUUUUUUUUCUUUAACAGCUGAGGUAUAAAAACCUUGAAGACUAGUCACGAACAAAAGGACAAGAUCGCGGCUAGUCCUUUUGGAUGAUGAUGAUAAUGAUAAUGUAUUAGACGCCUAUCUACCUAAUGUGCUUUAUAUACUCGUAUAUUGAUAACAAUUGACUUUAAACCAUUUAUGUACUGAGCUAAAUUAAUAUAAUACUGAAUUAUAAAUAAACUGAGAGUAUAUGCAUUAAUAAUUUACGUAUGUAAGUGAAGUUAGAAAAUUAAUUUUAGAUUAAUAAACUCUCCCUUUUUUUUUUUAUUUUUGUUAUUAAAAAAGAAAAUUUUAUCAAAAAAUUUGUAAGAUUUUUAACUAAAUAAAAAAAAUCGAUAAUGAAGAAAUAAAAAAAAAUAGUCGGCGUUAGAAUUCGUUAGGACAAUCAAUUUUAAAUUUAUAAUUAUUAAUUAUAAUAAAUAUUUUAGUAAUUUAAUAAAUAUAAAUAAUUAUUAAAAAAUGCUGCCUAUUGUCUGAGGGAGAGUUUUGUUUAAUGUCAUGACCAUUAACGAAAUAAACUUUCAUUAAUUUAAAAUAAAGUAAAAUAAACAAUUAAUAGAUUAAAAAAAAAAAAUUAUGUAACAAACCGGCCUCUAAAACUUCGGGCGGUACUACAAUUAAUACUGUGUGUCUCUUUUUACGGCUGCCAGACGGCCUGUAAAUAAAUCAAGUUUAAAAAUUUUAAAAACGUUGUGAAAGGAUAAAUCUCUCCCGUAACAUGGUCGUGAUUUAGUUAAAAAAAAAUAUAAUAAAAUGAACGAAUGAUUCACACGCCGUGAAACGAAUGAUGAAAAAAAAAAAAAUUAAACUAAAAUAAAAUAAAUUUGUGAUUUAUAAAUGUAAUAGAUUUUUUUUAAAAGCUUUUUUUUUU